AUGCAGCCGCACCAGGGCAGAGCUGCCCCAAACCCGGCGGGCUUCGGACACCGCAAGGAUGAGCCCGGCCCGCACGUCCGGCCAGUGCCGCUGCCCCCUGUGCAGCAGAACCUGAAUUAUUACCCCCAAAUCUUUUGGGUGGACGGCUGUGCUGAUGCCGGGGCUCCCUGCCCCCCGGCUCCCCCCGUGGCUCCUUUCCCACCGCCCGUUCCCGACAGGAGGAGAAAACCACGGAGCCCCAGGGAAGGGAGGAGCGUGGGAUCCCUCGUGAUGUUCCUGCUGAUCCUGGUGGCCUUCACUGGAGUGGGGCUGAGCAUUUUUAAGAUUUUUCACCUGGAGAAGGAAGUGGAUGAACUCAGAGAGUCUGCCGGCGCUGAGCGUGUCCCUCCGGCCUCCCAGAAACUCACAGGGCAGAAGGAGCAGCCCCCGAAAAAGGAGCCAAGGAAAGCAGCACAUUUAACAGGCAACCCAUCCCAGCAGGACCUGCCUUUGGAGUGGGAGCCCACCUCUGGCCAUGCCCACACCAGUGGCAUCCAGUACCAGGAGCGUGGGCUGCUCAUCAGCGAGCCUGGGCUCUACUUUGUGUACUCCAAGGUGCUGUUCCGUGGCAGUGCCUGUGACACCCAGCUCCUGUCCCACGUCGUGUACAAGAGGAACCCGGCGUCCCCUGGCAGCCAGGUGCUCAUGGAGGACAGAGCCACCCACUUCUGCACGGGGCAGAGGGUGUGGGCCAGGAACAGCUACCUGGGGGCUCUCUUCAAGCUCAGGAAAAUGGACAGCCUGCAUGUCAACGUCUCCAAAAUCGCCCUGGUCAGCUUUGAGGAGUCCAAGACUUUCUUUGGCUUGUUUAAGCUUUGAAAUGGAGUUUAAAAGGCAGCCCCUUCAUACAUACACACAGGGAUGUGUGAGGGCUGAGUGCUGCCUGGGCACACAACCCACCCAGGAUCCGUGUUUGGGCUUCAGCACGGGGGCAUUCGAGCACCUGGAAUGCACCAGGGCUGUGCUGCACCAGCCUGAGCAGGAUUGCACGUGUUGUCCUCACAAAAACCCCCACAAACCCAGAAAGUGGCGUGCUGAAGAGCUCCCUACUGAGAAGAUGCUGCUGCCCAUGGUGUCACAGCCCUGCUGGGGGUGUUGAGGAGGUGUCUGGGUGGUGCCACAGCACAGACAAUGCUGUGGGG